CAUUUACCUUUCAACUUCGGUGUGGAACUCGAACUCAUCAUCCGACCGAAGCACAUCGACUCGCUUCCUUUCGAUCUCCGUCUUCCAGACUCCGAUGCAACUCCACGACAGACGCGCGACUUCAACUUCACUCUGUUGAAAAUGAUUGCCCAGCUGCUAUCGGCGUCCGAAAUGCCUUGCAACGUGUUCGAUCACAACUGCGAUGAAGAACCCGAUUACACCAAAUGGAACGCCACGCUUGAUGCCUCCAUUUCCAAGGCCCAUAUUGCCAACGGUUUCUAUCCUGUAGAAAUCGUCACUCCGAUCAUCAAGGCAGACGCUGAUUGGGUCUACACCAUCGACAAGUUCUGGUCGGUUAUGGACGAUGCAUUCCUCUAUCGUCGGGACAUCUCCUGUGGUACCCAUGUCCAUAUUUCGCCAGCCUCCGGGUCAUAUAAUGCCUUUGAAGUCAUAGAAACGUCGGAGAGAGAUCAAAUUGUCGAUUUUGUGUCUCCCGACAAAUACGUCUCGUGGAACUUUCGCUCGGCGAAGACAACUGGUUUUGGUAGCAUCGAGUUCCGAAGACCUCCAGGCGUUACAACUACUUGGCAAACAAAACACUGGGUUGCAUUUACCAUGGCUUUUACUGAAAUGGCAAUUCAAGCAAGUCCGGAGCAGUUCGACCCGCCGUCUUCCCAGAACAUCGACCGCUUCCCGCAGCCCACGUUCGACACGUUACUGAUGAACGCGGCCUAUGGAAUUCGAGUCAAUAUGGAAAUAGAUCAAGCACUCGGCCUAUACGACGAUGCGAGAUCCCUCCAUAUAGCCAACAUCACUGACGAGAACUUGGAAUGGCUGUGGAGGGCUGACUGGGAGUACAUGCCUAAU